GGUGGUAGUGGAAGAGGACACAGCAGGAGUUAGUGUGGCUAGUGAAGGCGGCGUGGCUACAGGAGGCCUUGCUGGAAGACAGGAGUACAAUGCCUGCCGCUGCGUGCCGUGUGUCGUAAGUGAGUGAGAGCAGCGAGGCAUGGCAGACCGAGUGGCAGGAGGCUGGUGGUGGGCGUGGCGGUGCUGGAUGGUCCUGACGGCGGCCAUGGUGGCGGUGGGCGUCUGCCAGGCCUCCGUGGGCGUGUGGAUGGACGACGGGAACGGCAGGACGGUGCUGGCGGAUCACCUGGACUCGGAGGAGGCGGCGGAGCUGGCGAGGGAUAUUCUGGACGUCCUGGACCUGCCCGCGCCGCCCCACACCCGUGGCCGCCACCACCACCACCCGCGCCCGGUCCACGCCCACGGCUCGGCCCCCACGUGGCUAAAGGGCAUCUACGAGGUCCUAGAUGAGCACGGGCACGCCACCUCGGCCCAGAUGGACGCCACGCACCGGGAGACCGUGACCGCGGCGGACACCAUCAUCACCUUCGUCACCCGAGAUCCCCCCAGCGGCCGGCAGCAACACGGAGCUAACCGCAUGCUGUACUUCGAUGUGCGAGACGUCCCACUUGACCACUCCCUCCUUGGGGCUGAGAUCCGCGUGCACCGCCAGCCAGACCACGUCCUGCCCGUCCGUCUUCACGUGUACUUAGUCACGGACGAGGAGGGGAGCGAGUCUGAGGUGGCCCGCAUGGUCCUGGACGAGGCGGGCUGGACCAGCAUCAACGUCACCACCUCCGUCCUCUCCUGGCUCAUCCUGCCGCAGACCAACUUCGGGUUCCGCCUCGCCGUCACCUCCAUCGAUAAGAAGCACGAGAGGCGGUUCCAUGAGGUCGGUCUGUCGGGCUCGCGGGACCAUGAGGAUGUGAGGCCCUUCAUGGUGGGGUACUUCGCUCUUCCGGACUCGGUAUCGAAGAGGAAGAGGAGCCGCACAGCGCGCUCCGUCGGCCCUCCCCCACGCAGCCGCCCACGAAGCUACAGAGAGAUCACAGACCGCACCAUCGGCUCCGACACGUGGUGCCGGCUGAAGCACCUGUACGUGUCCUUCCAAGACCUCGGCUGGGAGAACUGGGUCAUCGCUCCGGAGGGAUACGACGCCAACUACUGUGAGGGCCACUGCGUCUUCCCCCUGCACGCCAAGAUGAACGCCUCCAAUCACGCCCUCGUCCAGACCUUGGUGAAGCUCAUGGAUGGCGUCCCGGAUGAUAGUGAGCGGCCCCCGAACGCCUGCUGUGCCCCCAUCGAUCUGGCCACCAUCCCCGUCCUUUAUUACUCCCACGAACAAAAUAUCGUGCUCAAGAAGUACCCGAAGAUGAUAGUGAAGUCGUGUGGAUGUCUCUAAGAAAGGUUAUUAGUUUCGUUGCACUUUACUAGCGUUCUGAGGGUCGUUUCCAGCGGUAUCCGAGGUUGUCGUAUAUCGUAUUACUUAACAUAUAUAUUUUAGUUAUCGCAGUUUUUGUAGGUAAGUGUAGUUUACUGUAUUUUGUAGCCUAUUUUAUUUCUGUAUCUUUUGGCCUUCUGUUUUUCUGUAUUUUGUAGCCUACUGUAUUUCUGCAAUUUGUGGUCUGCUGUAUUUGUAUUUUGCGCCCUACUGUAUUUCUGUAUUUUAUGGGCUACUGUAUUUUUGUAUUUAGUAGGUACUGUAUUUCCGUAUUUUGUUUCCACCUGUAUUUUUUGUAUUUUGUAGGCUCCUGUAUUUCUGCAUUUUGUAGCCUACCGUAUUUCUGUAUUUUGUAGCCCUGCCACAGUUCAGUCUGUUCACGCAUGUGGUGAGGAUGUCGAGCUCACCAAAAGUUUCACAUACCUUAGUGGCGUAAUGCAUAAUAAUGGUGGGUCUUACCAGGAAGUCACUCGACGGAUUUGCUUGGCCCACGGCGGUAUGGACUCGCUCAUCAUGAGUAUAUAGCGUUGUCGAUAUUUAUGCAGGCGAACGAGAUUUGAAUCGUUGUUACUCGUGCUCCCUGUCUUACUGUAUGGCUGUGAGAAAUGGACACUGAAUAGUGACUUGGAAGAGGGGUGUCGAUGCCUUUGGUACCAAGUGCCUUCGCAGGAUCAUGGGGUAUCGCUGGAAUGACUUUGUGUCGAACCGACGAUUACUCCGUGAAACUGAAUCGAGGCCUGUUACCAGAUUAGUACCGUGAACGCCAACUCCGGCUAUAUGGGCACGUGGGACGCCUCCCGGACGUCGUCCUGCUCACAGGGUUGUUUCUGUACGAGACACCCCUGAGUGGAGGAGACCAAGGGGAGGCCCACGUAACUCAUGGCUGGGGCAAGUCGAUCAAUCCUGCCGGGAAGGACGAGGUGCAUAGGACAGCUACAUGGGGGUUUGCUCGGUUGGACCACCGGAGUAGAGGCGGCUAGUGCACACAUGAGUGAAGCGACUCGCCCUCGGACAUAUGCUCCCCGUUAGGUAUAGUUAUAGUCUCUCUCUCUCUCUCUCUCUCUCUCUCUCUCUCUCUCUCUCUCUCUCUCUCUCUCUCUCUCUCUUCUGUAAAUUCUCCACGCAUAAUCUCUCUUCCUCUUCCUUUGUAAUGUGCUCUCAUCAGAGUGAGGCAAGGGAAUAACAAACAGCCGUUUUCUUUUUCCUUGUAAUAACAGAGCAUACCUGUAAUGUAUAUACUCCAGUCUAAGGGAAGACGUUUGAUUGUUCGUGUGUUCUUUUGAGCACGGUUUUGUGUUGUCGAGAAGAUAAUCUUGAUGAAGGCGAAAGAUAGUGUUUUAUCAUGCAUUCAGAGGUGAACUUCUCGAGCACUGAGUAUACCACUCGCCUUGUAUAGACGUUGGAUACAUAAAUUCAGGUGCUUCUGAUAAACUGUGUCACCUACUGAAGAUGAAACAAAAGAAAACUUAAGGUAAUGGUCAACUGAUUGAGCAAGCAUAAAGAGCAGCAAACCGCCAGCCUAAUGGAGACUUUGAGGGUCGUUGCUGUGUAGAGGCCAUAACUGCACUUAUCAGGCCUGCCUUCUGUGGACACAGGUACCGGUAAGCAUAACGCUGCCUGCUACAAAAGAAGCAGCUUUAAAAGUCCCCCGAUGAAUAGGCUGAGACGGAAGCAGAAACUGUUCUGCUGCUCAUAAAAAGUAGAGGAACAGAAGUCUAAGGCUGCAGAGAGGUAUUGUAAGUGUCACUUUACAUUAUUCAUACCCAGUGGUUGCCUGCUUUUACCUGUUUGUUAUAUCAAUGUGCUGCUUAUAUGCUAUUACUUAACUUUUAUGCCAGGAACUAUAAACACCUGUACUGCGUUUAAAGAAAAAGAAGGAAAAAAGACAAAUCCUCAGCAUUCCUUGACCGUCAGCCUGCAUGAGGAAAAAGUGCAUCCAAAUGAUAUUACUAUUAUAGUGCCAUACAGUCCAAAUAAAGAAUUUAAUAAUUA